UGUAAAUUCGCGUUUGGCACUGGCAAAGCAGACGCAGGCAAAAUGCAGGAACACAAAGUUUGGUGACAUUUAUUCACGGUGAUAGGUAAACAUUAUUCAGAGAGACGUAUUACCACAUGAGGAAAUAUACUUCUUUCAUACGGAUCUACUUUUAUGGGAAACCUUUUUUUAAGACUUGUAAUCUUAGACUUUCUUCACAAGGACUGGCAUCGUGUUUUUACCUUUUUAACGAAAUGCUGUUGACAACGGAGUCGUUUCUUUUGCUUAAAUUUGCGUUUUUAAAUUAUUUUACAUUUAUUUUAUUUAUACUUUAUAUUAAAAACAGGACAGCAGAUAUGCCGGUGCUUAUCUAGUCGACUUUUACAUAUUGCCAUUUUACUUUAUUCAAAGGAAUAUUUUAGAAAGAAACUUUGGCUAUUUAUUUAUUUAUUUAUUUUUACGUGAUUUAUUUGCGAAUUUUCCUCUUCCAACCUGUGGAUAUACUUGGGCAAUAGGAUUUUGUUGCUGUUUAUAGCAUCACUAUCACGUAACCUUGUUGCUGGAUGUGCAUGUGUUUUUUAAAUUAAGUAAUAGACUGUACCGGGACUAGAACCCCCGCGAUGCACGUACUCUGCCUCAGCGCGCUUCUCGUCUUGCGCGCCCUCGUCAGCGGGGACACCUCAAGUGAUGAACCGCAUUACACUGGACUGUACAAGGACAUCACAACAGAUCCAUGUGUGCAUGUGAACCCUCCAUGUUUGACAGAGGCUGACCGCUUCAGUAUGGAGGCUCUUCAGCACAUUCACAGAGAGAUGGAUGAUGAUCAGGAUGGUGGUAUUGAGGUGGAAGAGAGCGUUGAGUUCAUCAUAGAAGAUAUGCAACAGCAACAACAGGCAAACAAGCACAGUAAACUCCAUCAAGAAGACCAGCACAUCACUUUGGAGGAGCUUUGGCAGGGCUGGAAGUACUCUGAGGUUCAUAACUGGACUCUGGAGAAUGUGUUGAGCUGGCUGAGUGAGUUUGUCGAGUUGCCUCAAUAUGAAAAGAACUUUCAAGAGCUGCGUGUUAAUGGGAACACAUUGCCCAGGAUCGCUGCCAAUGAACCAUCAUUUAUGAGCACCCACCUGAAGAUCCAAGACCAGCAACACAAACAAAAGCUGAAGCUCAAAGCUCUGGAUGUGGUGCUUUUUGGACCACCCACACGUCCUCCACACAACUGGAUGAAAGACUUGCUUCUUUUCGUGUCAGUGUUGAUGGGCAUUGGUGGCUGCUUGUUUGCAAAAGCACAGAAUAAAGCAUCCAAGGAGCACAUUUCAAAGAUGAUGAAGGACCUGGAAAGCUUGCAGAGGGCAGAGCAAAGCCUCAGGGACUUACAGGAGCAGUUGGAGAAAGCCCAGGAGGAGAAGCGGACAGUGGUGGUAGAGAAGAAGAAUCUGGAGGAGAAGAUGAGAGAUGAGAUUAAGGGAGCUCAGGAAGAAGCAAACCGCCUUCACAAACUUCGAGUGGGAGCCGUGAGUGAGCUCUCUCGCCUUUGGUACGCAGAGGAGGAGCUCGAACAGGUGCGUGGUGCGCUGAAGAGGGCGGAGAAGGACAUGCAGUCCCUCUGGUCGGUCCCUGAAUCCUUGCAGCUGUGGCUACAGCUCACCCAUGAGGUGGAGGUCCAAUACUAUAACGUCAAAAAGCACAGUGCAGAACAACAACUCACCACGGCUAAAGACGAGGCUGAAAAGAUCAAGAAGAAACGGAGCUCUGUGUUCGGGACACUACAUGUAGCACACGGCUCUUCAUUGGAUUUUGUGGAUCAGAGAAUCCUGGAGGCAAAGAAUGCACUGGCUGAGGUUACUGCUUGUCUUCGGGAGCGUCUGCACAGAUGGCAGCAUAUAGAGAACUUGUGUGGAUUUCGUGUGAUGAAAAAUGCUGGCCUGUCCAAUCUCACUGCGACUCUGUACCCAGACUCCAACUGGAUGCUAAUGUCCCGGGCUUCCAUGCAGUCCUAUCAAGUGCCCAUGUCUGUGGAGGACAUGGAGGAGGAAAUGCCACAGAUUAUACCACAGAUUCCUGUUACAGUCGCUCCUCUGAAAUGUUCUCCACGAUCUCUGGUGCGUUCCCGGCGAUCUGGGCACAUGUCAUCUGUAAUUGUGCCACCUGCUCCUGAUCUCCUGAUUCCCAUUCGCACACCAUCGCGGCGAUAUGCAGAAGAGGAAGAGGAACACAUGAAGUUCUCCCCUCUUGUGAAACAGGAUUCAUUGGAAACAUCUUCAGAUACAGAGUCCGUUGGGUCAUCUAUCAGCAGAAAGUACACCAGCCUGGAAGUUCCCCCUCGCAGAAAAUACAGAGAGGGUAUAUUCACUGACAAAAUGACCCGAAAGUUCUCUCUGGAAGAACAAGAGGAUGAUCCCUCUUGCAAAAUGUCACAGGAGGAGAUGGAUGAGUCUUGGAUAAACCCCACACUAUUAUCAAGAGAUGAACUGGAUGUUGAUACUCCAAUAAGAAAGACAUCAAGAGAAGAGCUGGAGUCCUCCGUGGAGCUUUCUAAACAACUUGCAGGUCGAGCGGAUACUGAAGCUAGCAUCGAUUCAAGGAAAUUACCCAGAGAUUUGACCUUAGACUCCACUGUAAGGUUCUACUCCACAGAAAAGAUAUACUCACCCGCUGGAAUCAACAUCGAUCAGAGACAAAGGUCAUUCAAAGAAAGAAAGGAUCAUGGUGGAGACGGUAUUUCUAGAUCAAUACCGAAAAGUGAGAUUGACACAGAAAUCACAAGCGGAAAUCGGUAUUCCGAUGCGUUAAUGGGCACUUCCAUGAAACAGAGAGAUAAUCAGGAUUUCCCAAGCAUCCAGCGAGGGCGAAUAUUAAGGGAAAACUCCUUUGAUGCGUCAUUAUUUGAAGGAUCUGUGGAUGGCUCUAAAAAAUGUAAGAUGUUUACAAGCAAGACAGAUUUGUUCAAAGAAGUCCCUUCAAGAAUGACAGUGCAGGAUGAAUUUGAUGUGUCCCCUGAUUUUGAAAUAGUAAGAAAGGACAUUUCUAUGAAUACUGCCUUUAGGAAAAUGGGGAGAGAUGAGUUUGACACAUCAACAGAAAGAAGCAGGUCCUUUAAAGAGAGGAGAGAUGCGCACAUGGACACUUCCCCGAAAAAACUCUCUCGUAAUGAACUUGAUGUUGCAUUGGAAACCAAUAUUAAGUCAGAUAACCCUAUGGAUUUGCCCAGUAGAAAGGUUCAUAGAGAGAUGAUGGGUGCGCCUAUAGAGGCUCCAAAGCGCAGGAUAUCACAUGAUGAAACUGCAGCCAUAAACCCAGGACAACUUGGACCCCCUGACCUCACGGCGAGCUCCUUGCUGCUUUUCAAACCGGUAUCGGAGUCACUCAGCUCGCUGGUGUAUGACGGCAUUUUGGAAAAGUCCUACGAGAACCCCAUCACCCCUCCUGCUUGUGAUCUUGGUUAUAGUAGUGGAGUAUCUGGAUCUUCUCAAAGCCUCCUGGGAAUUGAAGGUUCCUCCUUAAGUUCAUCUUUCUCAGAAACUGGCAGCAGAGACAAGGGGAAGAAAUCUUCUAUGCUUAAGAGUUUGUUUAAGAAGAAAAAAGAAAAGGACAAAGAUUCCUAAGUUUUAUAACAAGGAAUGUACAACUUUGGACACUUUUAACAGCCCUGAAUCUGAUUGUAAAUCCAGUGGAGCAAUUUCCUUGAACAGUUUCUUUGAAGAUUUUCCUAAAUUUGCACUCAGAGUGGGAUUUAGCUGAAUGGAUGCAGCGUGUGACUGUGACAUCAUAUCGAAUGUUUGCUGCGUUUUCAAGGUAGGACUUGCAGAUAAUUUAUUGCAUAAUGGUUUCUGUCUGGAAAAUCUGACUAAAUGAGCUAACGGUUCCCCAUUUGUGGGUUUGUUACGAAUUUUUCAGCUUCGAUUUUAAAUACUUGUUGAUGAUAUGCGUGAAUGUGGUUGUUUUCACAAUGUUUCAUAGUAUUAGAACGUUGUAGCAUUUUAAAGACAAUCACAACAUGCUUAAUUUUAUUUCUAUUUACUAGAUUUGCUUGUUUGCACAACAAAAUAAAGUUUAAUUCUAAAUAGACAUAAUAAAGACAAAUAAUUACCAAAUAAUCCAUCUGGUGAUGUUUCUACAUUGUGACUGUAUAGCGGAGGCAGCAUUGCUUGCAUCUAAAAAUAAGCAAAACACAUUGGCAUUUCUGUUUUAAUUAAUUUUCAAUGAAAUCAUAUUUGUUUAAUAAAGAUACAUUUGAUCCA